UGCUGCUGCUGCGUGUGGUGGCUCGGUCGCGCGUUUAGCCCCGUCAGUGUUGCUCGGCGCGGGCCACAGCUCGCAUCGGUUCAAUCCACCAGCAGCAACUGCCAGUGCUCGCGUACUAGCGCGCAAGCUCUCGCUGCGGUCAUUGUCGCGUUCGUGUCACGUCGCGCCUCAGAGCCUAGUGCUUAUGCCUGUGUAGUCGCAUGCUCGUGCGUCGCGCUUGAGCUUGAGGUUUGUUGGUUUCCUCGUUCCGUUGCGAGUUGCACCUGCUAUGUGCUGCAGCCUUUGCGACGUGCACCUGUGGAAUGCUUGGCGUUUGAGCUGAGCAGCCACUUGGACUACUCGAGCUUUCAGUUCUGUUUGUUGCGUUUUUGUUUGUCGUUCAGUCAGUGAUUGAUUGCAAGUGCUUCGGGGAUAUCAAGAAGUUAGCGGUGGAAGAAACGAGAAACAAACGCAUUGCAGCUCGCGACAGUUGGUAGAGCGCACAUUCAACAUGCCAUCGCAAUCGAAGAGCGCGCUCACAAGAGCGACUAACCGAGUUGGCAGCAUCGAAUCGCAGCGAGGCGAGUUCAUCUCGAGGCGCAAUUGAAGAGACUGAUUGAUAAGCACAGUGUUAAUAAGGAUCUUAGAUAAAUGUUGAGGAUCACGUUCAGAUUGACGAUAGCUUGUCGAAGAAUGCUUAGCUGCAUUCUCGUCGUGAUUCACAUUUGAGAGAAACGACGUGCUUAUCCUUACUUCUAGUGGAAGUGAAGAAACACCUCGAAUGGACAGGAUACCAUUCAUCGGCAUGAAAGGUUCAUGUUGGAUUCUUUAUAGCAGUGUCCUCGCGCUGACGGUGGCGGUGGUACUGUCUUGUCGACAGAGUGAGUUCCAGUGUAACAACGGACGCUGCAUCGGCCUGAAUAAAGUCUGCAAUCUCAUCGACGAUUGCGGUGAUAAAAGCGAUGAACAGCAGCAGUGUUCGCCAUGCAACAGAACAUACUAUGGGGAUGUGGGCAAGACUUAUGAAUUGGAGCUUCAUCGUCCAAAAGAAGACAAGGUGCCUUACAACUGCAAGCUUACUUUCAGCGCACCCGGUGACGAUCUCGGUGAUAUCGUUCAGCUGACGUUUGACAGCUUUACACUCGGGAAAUUCGUAUCGUUCACGGCAGCGGGAUGCCCGGAUGGCUCACUACAGAUAUCGGAGUCAAAUCGGCCGGACGUUGGGGGCCACUGGUGCGGAUCAUCCCGUGGUCCAGCGAUCUACUACAGCGAGACAUCUUCAGUCUCGAUAACGCUACGCUUAUUUAGGCUCAGCAAAGAUCAGACUGGAUUCAAUUUCGACUUUCGUAUGGCCUACAAGAUGAUUAGACGUUCCGAGGCUGUCGUAAGAUACAACAAUCCUUUCGUUGGCAUAACCCAGCAGGCACUGCUAUCGUUUGUUUCGAGUAUUACACCGACGGAUCUAACGCCAACACAGCGAUCAUCCAGUAAGUCUGCAAACACCAUGACAAGAUUGACAACAGUGAAACCGACAAAGCCGAGUAAAACGAUGGCUGCGCCAGUGACAAAAGAAACGCCAAUGGUAGUGCUGGAGCCAACUGCAAGGAAACCAAGCCCUGAGCAAUACUUGGGCGAGUUAAUAUCAGGCACCUAUUGCUCCAAGACUUUUAGCGAUUGCGAUCGGAAACGCUGUCGGCUUCAGUCACCCAACUUUCCUGGAUUGUAUCCGCGAAACCUCACGUGUUACUAUGCAAUUCGCCAACACGAAGUGCCCGAGGGAAAGCAUCCUUUAAUAUCCGUAAGGCAGCCACGGGGCCAGUUGAUUGCAGUACGAUCGAAAGCGCCAACUCAGGGUGAACCACCGCCUCGAGAACUCCGACUCUGGGAUGACUGUGAUAUAGUCAAGGAUCACGUAACAAUCUAUGAUGGUUAUAACACGAUGGAGCCAGUUAUACUAAAAUUCUGCGGUGGUGGUGAGCCACUGCCCGAGGUCAUCAGUAGCGGUAAAGAUCUCCUUGUCGUGUUCACGACUUCGCCCUACGGGACCUUCCUCCAUCCAUCGCCGCCGCAUUCGCUUCAUGGCUUCCAACUGGACGUACAGGUGAAAUUUGUGGACUUCAACUCGACGAUGUACUCGAAAGGUAAACGUUGCGAGUUCUGGUUACGCGGGGACACUGGUGGUAUGCUCACCUCGCCCCGACACUCACUGCCCCGCAACACUACUUGCCUAUAUCACUUACGCGGAGAAAGUAAUGAUUACCCGAGUCCAAUGUCGCCAAGACCCAUACCCAAAUUCCCAACCAAGGCUGACAUUAAGUGGGGAAGACAGCAACCACCUACUAUUCAACCGCAAUUUCGAGUAUGGCUCUCAGUUCUUAAGUUCCAUGUUGGCAGCAAUUCCGCUGUCACCGAUGAUGAUUGCUCAACGAGUCUUAAGAUUUGGGACGGUGAGAUGAUGCCACUUUCUGCUGCUGACUGUAACGAUGUGUCCUGCGAAAAAGAAGAUGGCAGUAGCGUUACAGCGACUGGAGGAACGAAGCCCAUAGCGAGCAGCCGACUAGCAAGUAAUACGACUCUAAUGGCACGUUACUGCAGGGACAAGGUACCGCGCAGCUGUGACCACGUGAUCUUUCAAAACAGCAGCCGUCCCUGCUCGCUGGGCGAAAGUUUCAUCUCGACCGGCAGCAGCCUCACCAUCGAGAUACUCGUCACCGAGACUACCGCCCUCAGGCCCUUGGAUUUCCGUGCUCUCUACGAAUUUGUUGACCUUUACCAAGAUGGAGAUCCUUAUGGAGCUGGACCUUGUUCCCGUGUAUUCUACAGUCGAAAUCGUGAUAGUUAUCCAGACAGAAGGUUUCGCGCACCAAGAGAUAUUUUCUUAUAUGGGCGUGGAGGAGCCAAGAAUUUGACUUGUAUUUACCGCUUCGAAGGUGAACACGACGAGGUAGUGAAAUUGCGGUUCAACAAGCUCCUCAACGGCAACCGCUCUUGUCGUAGCGUUUCAAGUUCCGAUUUCAAUCGACUUCUUUGUGUCGGUACAAGCAGCUUCUCUUUGAAGGUAAUGGAACUGCCAUGGGCAAACGCAGCAGUGAUACAACGGGAUUGCUUUUGCUCGAAUCGCUCACUGCCAAUGCACUUCAAAUCAAAGUCAAACAUUGUCGAGGUUCACUUGAUGGUUCAUUCGAUGAAUGCCCUCGACGACUACAAUAACCUCUUCUUUGAGGGUCAGUGGGACUUUGUUAAAACCACAACACAGUGCCUGCAAAAGAGGAGGGUUCGCGGGCCUUCCGGUGAAAUAAAAAAUCAACUCUAUCUGGAAGAUGCAGAUGAACUCCACUGCGAGAGCCUUCCGUGGUUAAUCGAGCCUGCACACGAGCAGUUCCUAUACGUGAGGCUUCCCGGAGUAAUAGCAAGUAACCGCACCAAGUGUGAAACGCCUAACCGCAUCGUGGUGCAGACUGCAGGCGAACUUCACGCAGCCGUAUGCCCGAAACCAGGUGGCAAUGCACGCCAUAGCUUCGUCGAGGUAUUCAGCGACGGCUGGACCGUCAAUGACCCCACUGACAUAUUCAAACCACCAAGCCAUCAAUCUGCUCGAAGCAUCGCCAUCGAGUAUGUUAUCAGCCAGAAAGAGAAUACCGAGUACAAUGUUAUGUGGCUUGAACUCACUAGACGACCCACGGUGCUAUCGGCUCUAGCGGGUCUACAAUCGGGACAAGACUGUGAGCACCGCUGCCCGGAGUUGGACGCCUGCAUAAACGCAUCGCUAUGGUGCGAUGGUGUGAGCCACUGUCCGACCGGUUACGACGAGGCCUUGUCCCACUGCUCGAUACUAUUGAAAUUGCCACCACUGCAUCUCGGUCUCGGCGCAAUAGCAUUGUUCUCGAUCGCCGGUUUACUAUGUAUAAUGUCGUGGCGAGCUUGUCGCCAGGGCCCAGGUGGCCGUUCACUGUCUCAGCACCGAUUGAAGAGCGUCUCCUCCGAGACGGCCAUCAUCGACGGCAAGGAAGUGAUUUGCUGACACAGCGAGAGUUCUGUGCGAUACGUCGAGGUCGAUCGCGUCACCACUGUGUGACGAUCGACAACCUCAACUCCCUUCGCUACGUCGCAUCGACAGCCAGAUUGUUGCUCACCCAGGGGAUUGUAAGCUCUGCGUAACCUAUAUCUCGCGCGCGCUCUCUCUCUCUCUCUCCCCCUCAUUUCCCCAUGGGUAAGUGUGCUAUACGAAUUCUUCCGUUGUGGACCUUGCUCGAACCACUAUGAUUUUUUGCACAGGUUGUGAAACUUCUUCCAUUAAACGAUGGCUAUCGUAUGCACGAUUAGUGAAUCAAAUAUGUUCCAACCAUUGACGUAACGCACAGAACUCGCAUCACGAGACACAGAUAGAUUUCUGCAAGUGAUAAGAAGCAGAAGACAAAUGAAGAAAAUAAUCUUAUUCGCGUAAUGACUUUAUAUCGUUUGGUAAUGAGUUUUGCCUUUUCAUGCAAAACUUUUAUUGAAUUUUGGUAUUAAUUUUAUAGAUAUUAUGAAUUAUUAAGCGAAUGAUGAAUGUUGAUUUACAAAGUUGUGGCACAGAUUCUUCCAAUUAAUUUGUCCAAGAUUUCGAAUGAAAGAAAUCUCUCUCGUUCUCGCGCUAAUUUAUGAAUAUUAUGUGUAAGUUUUAACUGUUAAGAAACUAAAAAAAAAAUGAUUGAAUUUACAUUACAAAGCAGAAAAAGGAGAUACUAUCUUUAGUCGAUUUCGUAUUAUGCAUAUAUUACGUUAGACGCAGUUUAAAAAUAAAAGUAAACAGUGCAUACGAAAUUCAGUGCAUGCACUAGGUAUUCAACUUUCAAAUUAACAAUUAAGCUCUAAGUCUGUUAGUGUGUACGACCAAACAAUAAGUUUGCUGCUGCUGAAAUAAUAACCAUAUGGUGUGUACAAAACGCUGCAUUUGGUAAGAUUAUUUAAAACAGUAAGCAAAAAAACACUCCUAUAGUAUUGUGCGAUAAAAUGUAAUGUAAUUAGAUGAAGUCAAGUAAGUAUGAAUCAAUGUAGGUAGUCGAAACUUAUGUGAUAAAUAAUAAAGUGACGAUUGACAAUUGAUCAUUAUUGAACUGUUUCCUUCGUAGAGCUGUGCUCUAAAAUUGUUGCUCAACCAAUACGAGUGUUGAUUGUAUUAUUAACAGAGCUUACCUCGAGAUAUUAUCAAUAAUCAAUAAGAAUCAUGAAGUUAAUAUCAUUAACUUCGCGUACGAAUUUGAUGUUUGGUUUAUUUAUUUCAGGGCAAAAAUUAAAAUCAACGAUGUACGUAUAAUGGGCACGAGCAUGUUGUUAAUAAAUGUACAUAUACAUAAAAGUAACUCAAUUGUAGAGAAAUAGUAACAGUUGCACUUGUCGAGUAUCAUAAGCAAACUCACAAGUAUUUGAGAACAUUUCGCAUGAAAAAAUUAAGUAAUUGAAACAUAAAUACUUAUUUCUAGAAAUCAAGCAAUUUUAGUACAAGAUUUUCAUAAAACGAACACUGCUUUGAUUUUAGUUUUUCAAUCAUAAUUACACAAAAAUAAUAAAAUACAUGGAAGUUGUCUAAUAUGGUCGCAUAUAAACUAUUAAGCUAUUAUAAAAAUCAAGCAUUGUCAAUACUUGAGAAGGUUAAGGUUGAAAAUUAAGUAUUUUAAAAUAAUGAAAAGCAUAGAAAAUUGACGACAUUUGCCACUAACAAGGACAUUUCUUAUUAAUCAUUUGAUUUGAAUGUUUAAGUCAAAUUGAUAAGCAAUAAGUCAAAUUACAUAAAAAUAUAAUUUUUUUAUCGUGUUUUAUAAAAAUUUUCCCAAAAAAAUUCGUUGUUGAUACGCAAAUCAAUCUAAUUUUUCUUUAAGGCACAACAAAAUAAAAGAUAAAAUAUUUUUAUUAAAUUUCAUUGAAAUAAUACACAAUAAGAAGCAUCAAAAUAAUUUUUAUUUUAAGUGUUUGAGUUAUUAGAGUUGAAAACAACAAUUUUAAAAAGGUUGUUAAUUUAAAAAUAAAAAUGGUUUGUAGUACAGAUAUAUUAAUCUUGACUUUUCGAAUCACAGCCAAUAAAUACUAUGAAGUUCCAUAACUCAUAACGGAUCUCCAUGAUUAAAACUUUUAAUUAAUUUCAAUUCUGAAAUGUAAAAUGGUUUGAUUAUACUAUAUAAAUCAUUAUUAUAAAAGAUUCAGCUUGCUACAAAUCUUUGAAAAUCAUUUUUUAUAUAAUUGUAUUGUUUUGCGACUCGUAUACAUUGAAGUAUAAAAAUUUUAUAUAUACAAGUAACAAUUUCAAAUAGACGAAUAUGAUGAAUAUGUUUAAAUCGCACUAAAAUGAAACAUCAACUAUCGAAGCACAAAAUAAUUUUUAGUAUAAUCCAUUUUAUUAAACAAUGAAUCAUUUUAACAAACAAUGAAAUCAAACCAGUGAUAUUUUUACUGCUAAUAACUUAUAUUAUAGCAAAUUUUCUAAUUUAAUAUUUAUCGUAUUUGAAUCUUAUGAUUUUGGGACCAAACUUUUAAAUUAAGAUUCUAAAUAAUAAAUUAACCAAAAUGACUCAAUGUUUAUGAAAAAGUGCCAAAUAAAAUAAUUUCUAUUAAAAAUUUGAAUUCAUAAUGAAUUUAAAUUGAAGUUUGGUAUGGUCUCUAUAAAAAAUUUAUGCAAUAAUAUUCUUUAAUUGAAUUUAAAAAACAUUAUAUUUCCUAAAUAAUAUUCUAUUGCAUUCAAUCAUCGAAAAAACACGAAUAAGAAUUAUGAAUAGUUUUUAUUCUAAUAAAACAAUAAAUCAAUUUAAAAGAUAGUUAAUUUAAUUUUCGAUUUCACUGCCAGUCAUUACUACUUCAUACUUCUUUACUUCAUUUUUCACCCGAUAAUUGUCUUCGAUAGUUGGCAUAACGAUGAAUUUCAUACACUUACAUUUCAAUUUUAAUACAAAAGUAAAAAGAAUGAUUUUCUUCAAUACACUAUGUAAUGGCCUUCUGAUAACAUUUCAAACUGUGUUAUUUCUGAGCCUUGACAUUUAAAUUUGUAAUCUUACAUAGUAAGUGAAAAAUUAUAAGUACAAUUUUUAUGCAAGCAUUGGUAUUCAAUUAUUUUCUAUCAAAUCUAAGUACAAUCCUAUGACAGCGAAACCUUCGCUUGCAGUUUUAUGUUCAUUAAAAACAAAUUUUAUUAUAUACUUUUACAAAAAAAAACUUUUUUUAACAUACAUAAAGUUGAGUUAAAAAAAAUUAUCAAUAUAAAUGAAACUAUGUGCUUAUCAUUUUAUUACAUAUAAAAGUAAGUAAAAUAAUGAGAUCAAAUGAGUUGAAUGGAAUAAAUAAGAAGAAUUUUAAAAUACAUGCAAAAAGCUGUCUUAAAUAAACAGUCAAUAAUUCAUAGUUUUUCUAAUUCUAAAAUAAAAUUUAACCUGUUAAACUAUUUUAUGCAAUAUAUGAACGAAAAUUAAAAAAAAUAGAAGACUUAUAUGAUUUUAUUACAAAGGAACUUACUACUUAAAGUAGCAUAAAUUAGUGAAAAGUUCGAUAAAAAUAACGCGCCCUCAUGUGUUUCUUGAUUGUAAUACUUUAUAAGUUAUUUUAGAUUUAUGGCCAUACAAUCUGUUGAAAUUGACGAACUCGACGAAAUCGACUAUUACGUUUAUGAAAAUUUUGUCACAAGUAACAAUGACACUGAUUAUGUUAUUUAUUUUAAGGAUCUUUAUGGCUCGUAUUUAUAAUGUAAAUAUUGUAGAAAUUAAUUUAUAUUGUUUAAUGUAAAUGGUUUCGAUAAACUACUGAAUAUCAAAGACAUUUUAAGGUCAAUGAUUUUUCAGUAAUGAACGCACCAUUACUAUGUACGGUCCGAACUUAAAUUAGUUGCAAAAAAAGUUAUAAUGCACAAAAUAUUGUUAAAUCGGAGUCAUCUUGUGUUGUCUUGUAAAAUAUAUACACGGCUAUUAAUGUAGAAUGUGACUGUAGCGAACAAUAAUAAGAACUGUUCAUAGCAAUAGAACAGUAAAUUUAUGUAUUGUAUAUACCACAACGUUAUUGUAAACAAUCUAAAAUACGUAGGGCAUAUCAUAAACCCUACUCAAAUUGAAACUGACCGACUAUUUUUCAACUAAUUAUUUGUGAUGUUUGAGUUAAUUAUUUGAAACAUAUAUUGCUCAAGUAUUGCAUUAUUUAUAUAUUUCAUUUUCAAUGUUACUAUCCGUAUUAUUAAUUGUCGACUGUUGGAAAACCAUCUGUUACGUAUUAAAUUUAGGAAGAAAAUUCAAAUUACUUUGAGAAAAAAAAAUUAAUAGUAAUAAAAUAAUUUUUUUUUAAUAUUUUAAAAUGGAAAUUUUGCUCUUGAAGCAUAUAAACUAAAUGUAGUAUAAAUGAUAUAUGAUAAGAUUAAAAAACAUAGUGUGAUUAUAAAUGAUACAUUUUUAUGAAAAAUACGCUUCUGAAGAAUCAUAUUUUAUUAUUAUGUUAAACAUUUGAAAUGUAAAGCACAAGGCGUGCGUAAAGGUUCGAAGCGAUUUAUUCUGUCUUUAAUCAACUUUAUGUAGACUAAAAAAAUAAUAACGUUAUAAUGAAUGUCGGUUUAUCUUUUCAACGUAUGAAAUGCUAUAAAAUGAGGAAAGAACAUAAAAUUAAAGCCAAAGUUACAAAAUUUUACCGAAAAAAACAAAAUUUUUAUUGUUAGAACAAGAUACUUUAUCGACAGAUAUAAUUGUUAUAACAUAAUUUUGAAGCAAUGAUAAAUUUGCAGAAAAUAAUGUUAUUUCUGUCUUUUUUCUGUUGCAUUAUUCUGUUUUUAAUUCUGUUUACAAUAAAGCAUUAAUAAAAAAAGAUUCUGAUAAUUGAUAACGUCAUCAUCUUAACACUGGGGUUACAAAAAUAAUCAGCUUCUUGUAAAUGCGGCAAAAGGAAAUGAAUAAUUUAGCCAUAUAUCUAUUUUACAGGGAUUGAAAAUAUAAAUUAAAUUAUUUGCUUAUUUUAGCAAAUUACACUACACCAUAAAAUAAAAACAAUAUCUGUAGAAAAAGUAAAUUAAGAGCAAUUUUAGACUAUUUAUAAAAAGAAAACAUAUAUAAACAAGAUUUUGAUCUUAUAAAUUGACAUAAGUAAUAAUUUUUUGAAAUAUUAUUUCACCACUGAAUAAGUCACAAUUUUAUUGCAAUGUAAUUUUUACGUUUUGUAACUCAC